GAUCUUCAUUUCAAAUCCAUUUUCACGGAAAGCAACGUCUUCCUUGACAUCAUCUCGACCAGAGUGCUCAUCCAGUCGGUGUCUUCACACAGAGGGUAGAUGAGAUAAUACAUGUAGUCUAGGAUCAGUCGACAACAGACAGCAUUGUUAGUGAUAAUGGAAUUGUGUCAACAGCUCUCAUGGAAAAAGCGAAAAUCGGCGGAUGGAAUUGACUACAAUGACGACAAGGACAAUAACCAGGAUUGGGAAACGCUCUUUUAUGCCCUGCAAAGGGAACGAGUCACCCAAGCCGAAGCCCUCUUGCAGGCACACACUCGGGAAAGCGAAGAACGAGAAAAGUUAAUGAGAACCUACAAUCAAGAACUGGAAAGCGAAAACAAUACUCUGAGAGGCCAAGCUGCCAAGGCAGGAGAACAACUACAACGACAGCAGGAACUAGAAACGCAAUUGCAACAGUUGCAAGACAGACUAUCGCAACAAGAGGCGACCAUUCACGCUUACCAACAACUCACGGGAGCUACUCUUAGUAAUGUCCAACUCCCACAGCAAACAGAUGAUAAGAAGAACAAGGAGAAGUCUCCUACAUCAGGUGAUGAUGAGGAGGAAGAAGCAUCCACAGACAAGAAAGAAGAUGAACCCUCACAGGAACUAGACUUUGUCUGUUGCGUUAAAAACCCGGAAACCAAGGUGGCGACAAAGUUUCGUAUUUCGACGGUACCAUCCACCGAGGAAACAAUGACAGAGGAGCAGCAAUCCACAGAACCUGCCGGUACCAUUUUGAAGUACGCCAUGCUGGAAAAUCCAAAACAUCUCCCCGAGUUCCUGCAAGGAGAAAUUGAGUUUGAAAGCACACAGCUGCCACCCUUGCUACAAAAUGUCCUGCGAGGUAUCUUUCCGGAGGAGGAAGAAUAAGUAGCUAGCUAGCUAGAUUGCUGGAGAAUGGACGAGAUAUGGUUCCAAAGGUACACUGUAUCACGAGAGUUUUGUGUUGCAGCGUCGUAGUUAAGAACGUUUGCAACUGUGUGUGUUUGCUGUGUGCGGAAGCAUUGUAAUUGACGAUUGCACAUCUGUAGUCUUUCUCUUAGGCAAUCCUCAAUAUCUAUAACAGCUUCUAUAACUUAAUUCCUUCAAUAUCAAUCAGGGCCAAAACUUUUGUUACAAUACAAGGUGACUGCAGAUUGUUCUACUCAACUCCCAGUGUUCUGGAUGCAU